GACUUGACCGGCAUAGAGUCUAUGGACCAGUGUCGUCACACACUGGAGCAGCACAACUGGAACAUAGAGGCAGCUGUACAGGACCGACUGAAUGAGCAAGAGGGUGUCCCAAGUGUCUUUAAUCCUCCUCCAUCACGGCCAUUGCAGGUCAAUACAGCCGACCACAGGAUCUACAGCUACGUUGUCUCAAGGCCACAGCCAAGGGGCCUGUUAGGAUGGGGUUACUAUUUCAUAAUGCUUCCAUUCCGAUUUACCUAUUACACAUUACUUGAUAUAUUUAGGUUUGCUCUGCGUUUUAUACGCCCUGAUCCUCGUAGCCGGGUCACUGACCCAGUGGGUGACAUUAUUUCAUUUAUUCAUAUGUUUGAGGAAAAAUAUGGGAGGAUACACCCUGUCUUCUACCAGGGAACUUACAGCCAGGCACUGAAUGAUGCCAAGCGGGAGCUGCGCUUCCUAUUGGUUUAUCUUCACGGAGAUGACCACCAAGACACAGAUGAAUUCUGCCGCAAUACACUGUGCGUACCUGAGGUGAUCACCCUCAUAAACACUAGAAUGCUCUUCUGGGCUUGUUCAACCAAUAAACCAGAGGGAUACAGAGUCUCCCAGGCUCUGCGAGAGAACACAUACCCAUUCCUGGCUGUGAUUAUGCUGAAGGAUCGCAGAAUGACAGUAGUUGGGCGGCUAGAAGGCCUCAUCCAGGCUGAUGACCUCAUUAAUCAACUGAUGUUCAUCAUGGAUGCCAACCAGACAUACCUGGUGUCCGAACGCCUGGAAAGGGAAGAGAGAAACCAAACCCAAGUUCUGAGGCAGCAGCAGGAUGAGGCAUAUCUGGCAUCCUUGCGUGCGGACCAAGAAAAGGAACGCAAGAAGAAGGAGGAACGGGAGAGGAAGAAGAAAAAGGAGGAGGAAGUGCAGCAGCAAAAACUAGCAGAGGAGAGACGGCGACAGACGCUGCAGGAGGAGAAGGAACGGAAGUCUGAAUGCCUUCCUCCUGAACCACAUCCCGAUGACCCAGAGAGCGUUAAGAUCAUUUUCAAGCUGCCUAAUGAUUCCAGAGUGGAGCGGCGAUUCCACUUCACACAGUCAUUGACGGUGAUCCACGACUUCUUGUUCUCCUUGAAAGAAAGCCCUGAAAAGUUCCAGAUUGAGGCCAACUUCCCUCGCCGUGUCCUGCCCUGCCUCCCUACAGAGGAGUGGCCCAACCCGCCCACGCUGCAGGAGGCCGGACUCAGCCACACGGAAGUCCUCUUUGUGCAGGACCUCACGGACGAUUGACACUUUUCCAGGAGACACAAAAUGGAAAGAAAUUCAUAUUAUUAUUAUAAUACAAUAUUUUUUUUAAAAGACUGCGUACAAACGAGGGAUCAGAGACCACAUUGCCUGUGCCAGCUGUGCUCUGUGUGUGCACUGGCGAGAGGAGGUGUGUGCACGUCCUCACACACCUGUGUACACAGCCAUCCCCUACACUUGGAGGGCAGAGAGGGAGGGGAGCUGGUGUUACCCCUCCGCCCUCCCUGGGGAGGAACAGGAAUGGCAGCUCUCGGUAAUUAUUGCUUUUAUUGAUGACAAUAAUAAUAAAGCCCCAACAACUUGACAUCUUGUGAAGAUUUGAUACUCUGCUGCUCCUGACAGCCAGAAGACCGGGCACCUGAAUGUGCUGGGAGAGGGUGGGGGGGAAGCGCUGGAUAGAAUCUCUUUAGCUUCCCUCUGUGUAUAAAUAUCUAUCUUCUAAUAUUUCUCUUGCUUUGUAAUGACCAAAGGAGAAUGGGGUUGACUAUAGUAUUAACUUUUUGAUAAAGAGCUGGUUCAAUUCUUACCUGUGUGGGGUCUUGCCCAGGGUUCUUAGCCUGCGUAGUGUAAUAAACUCUGCCUCUAGCA